GGCCAGCGCGAGCAGUGGGCCUGGCUGGCGGGCUUGGCGGGGUGAGGCGAGGGGCUGGCCCGGGGGAGGAGGAGGCUUCUGCAGGGGCCGAGGGAGGGAGCCGCCGCCUGGGCAGGGCUGAUAGCCUAUCUCCCGGGCAAAGGGGAGCGCGCAGGCAGCCGCCGCCCCGUCCUCCCGCGAGCCCGAGGAUGGGCAGUCUCGCCCGAGAGCCUGCCGUGGCCAUGGAGCCCAGCUCCCAGCAGGACCCCAAGGAACUGGGGCACAGCGAAGCCCGGGCACCGGUCAAGAGGGACUACCAUCGUCGGAUCUUUGUGAACCGGAGUCUGGCACUGGAGAAGAUCAGAUGCUUUGGCUUUGAUAUGGACUAUACAUUAGCAAUGUACAAGUCGCCCGACUACGAAGAGCUGGCCUUUGAGCUGCUGCUGGACCGGCUGGUGUCCAUCGGCUACCCGCACGAGAUCCUGGAGUACAAGUAUGACCCCACUUUCCCCACCAGGGGCCUGGUCUUUGACGCCAUGUACGGGACUUUGCUGAAGGUGGACUCCCACGGGAACCUCCUGGUGUGUGCCCACGGCUUCCGCUUCCUCAAGGGGGCUGAAAUCUGGAAUUAUUACCCAAACAAGUUCAUCCAGAGGGAUGAUACGAAGCGGUUCCAUAUCCUCAACACUUUAUUCAACUUGACAGAGACCUACCUCUUUGCCUGCCUGGUGGAUUUCUUCACCAGCUGCUCCAGAUACGUGAACUGUGACACAGGCUACAAACAUGGAAACCUCUUCAUGUCCUUCUGCAGUAUGUUCCAAGAUGUCCGUGAAGCCAUGGACUACGUGCACCUCUCCGGCUGCCUGAAGGAGAAGACGCUGGAGAACAUGGAAAAGUAUGUGGCGAAAGAUCCACGUGUUCCUCUCCUGCUGAGUCGCAUGAAGGAUGCAGGGAAGGUGUUUCUUGCAACCAACAGUGACUACAAUUACACAGAUGCAAUAAUGACAUACUUAUUUGACUUCAAUGAAGGAGAUGCGCAGGAGGAAUCCCCACACCGUCCCUGGAGAUCCUAUUUUGACCUGAUUGUCGUUGAUACUCGCAAGCCGCUCUUCUUUGCAGAGGGAACUGUCCUUCGGCAGGUCAACACAGACACUGGGAAACUGCGGAUUGGCACCUACACAGGACCCCUUCAACACUGUGCGGUGUACUCUGGAGGCUCCUCAGACAUGGUGUGUGACCUCUUGGGAGUGAAGGGUAAGGAUAUCCUAUACAUUGGAGACCACAUCUUUGGGGACAUCCUGAAAUCCAAGAAGAGGCAAGGGUGGCGCACCUUCCUGGUGGUGCCAGAACUGGCCAAGGAGCUGCACGUGUGGACAGAGAAAAGUGAACUUUUUGAGGAGCUGCGGAGUCUGGAUGUCUUCUUGGCUGAGCUGUACCACCACCUGGACAGUGGGAGUAGCGAGCGGCCAGACAUCAGCUCCAUCAAGAAGCGGAUACAGAAAGUCACCCACGAAAUGGACAUGUGCUAUGGGAAGAUGGGCAGCCUUUUCCGCUGUGGCUCCCGCCAGACCCUUUUUGCCAACCAGCUGAUGCGCUACGCCGACCUCUACGCCGCCUCCUUCCUCAACUUCCUCUAUUACCCUUUCAGCUACUUGUUCCGGGCACCGCCCACCCUGAUGCCCCAUGAGUCGACCGUGGAGCACGGGCGGGUGGAGCUCACUGAGGCGGCAGCCUGCUUUGCAGGGCAUCAGAUGCACCAGCCCGGGCAGCUGAAGCUGCAAAGUAUCUCCCAGGAAGCCACCAAUGAGGACGGUGACAACUGAAUUCCACCCCAACCUCUGAUGCAGCAGGAAAUCUGAGCGAGACAAAUGCCUUCAGCUACCAACAGAGGGUUGGGGAGAAAAGGUCUUCAACAGAGCACUGACGUCUCCCCACGCCCCAAUAUUAAAAGUAAGGCCUCCCUGGUGAAGCACCCCUGAUUCCAAGAGAAGGCAAGCGGUCUGCUCAGCUCCCCAGCUCCAGCCCAUCUGGCUCUAAGAGGUCCUUACAUGAGGUUCACUUCUUAGACCACCCACAUGGCCACUGCUGCACGUUGCCUUGCUUUGCAGAAAGGAAAUACCUGUCAGCUUUCCAAACCAUCAGCUUUGGCAAGAAUCAGCUGAGCCCCUUCCAGCACCUCAAAAAGGGCUCCCAAGAUCCCUUGCUGCAGCAGAUUGUCUUGGCACAACUAUUCCAAGAGAGGUUAGCAAAGCACACUGGAUGUCAGCCAGUCUCCUGAUGGAAAACUUUCUCACUCUGCUCUCAGGGAAUGAAGACCUCAAUAAAAUUCUGGGACUGUUCCCAUCUCCUGACCUUGUGUGCCUCCUGUGGGCUUGAGUGCGAGGGCAAAGUCCGGCAUGACCCUCCACCAUUGCCUUGGGGUGGAGCCUCUCCUUUGCUCACCUGCAAGACUCUGCUUCCAUUCCUCAAGGCAUCUCAAGGCUCCUGCCAUGGGAACUGACAGGCUACACCUUCCAAAGCCUUGGAGCUGCACAGGUGACAGCAGAAACACCUCUAGCACAGCAGAGGAUCUCAGGUGGGAGGGAACAGCAAAGCAUUCGGGGAAGCUGGCGCAGUUGCAAAAGAAUAAAAGUGGGGAGGAACCUACUUUGCAAGGCGUUUCUGUGUUUUGCCAGGAGGUGGCAGGAACAGCAGCUUCAUCGCUGGGCCCCUGCACCCCAAACAAGGCCGUCAGCUUUCACUUUAACAAAAGUCAAAGUUGGAAUAGAUUGUCUGAGAAAGAAGAGUGCUGCCAAGGGCCAAAGAGAGAUAGCAGGUGGAUCAUGCUUGCAAGGUAGUGGAUUCUUGUAGAGAAGCCAGCAACAGCUCUAAAAAGGUGCUUAUGAACAAACAACUCAAAUUAUGAGGAACAAAGAAAGCCAUGCAAGGCCAAGGGGAGCUUUGAGAUUAAAGGCAUCCUGUUUGCCAUCAUCACUCAAGAGUGCAAAACUCUGAACAGCGAAUAAUCCACACAGUUCCCCAAACCCAGAAAAUCUACACAAAAUGUCAAGUCAAGUGACAUACCAAUCAUGGGCACAUGCCUUGGAGUUAGUUGGACAGUUUAAGGAAGGGGCCUACAGGGAGGUUUAGCAAUGCUAGGUGCAGGACAUCAAGCCCCCCUCAAUCUAUUGUGGCAGCAGAGAAACCACAGCAGGACUCAAGGACACGAGACAAUGCCUUUCUGUGGAUAUUCCCCCUCAUUCCUUUUGCUCAUGGAGAAAUCUUGCUGGGAGAUGGACACCAUAUUUCUUGCCAUUUUCUAAAGCAGUCUGCAUUGAUAAGUUGAAUUGUUUAAAGAAUAAAGAUGCUUAUAUUCUGAAAAGGUUCUAUACAAUAAGUAUACAUUUCCAGUCUAUUUGCACAGCUCUAAUAGAAAGAGGAACAGGGAGUGCCAAGUGCCAGGGUAGGAGAAGAGACGUUGGCACGUUUCUUGUCACUGAGGUGAAAUUUUAC